AUGAGCAGCAUCUCUACGCGACGACUUCAGAAGGAGCUCAAGGAGAUUCACAAGGACUGUCCUCAGGGCAUCAAGCUGAUACAAGCGGAUGACUUCGAGAUGUGGUUCCUCUCGCUGGAGGUGCUCGGAGAAAGUUUAUACCAGGGCGAGACCUUCAUGCUCAAGUUCCGCUUUGAUGCACAAUACCCGAUUUCGUCCCCCAGCGUGACGUUCGUUGCGGAUGAUAAAUUCCAACCUCCCUUGCACCCGCACGUCUACUCAAACGGACAGAUUUGCGCAAAUAUCCUCGGAGACGGCUGGUCACCCGUACUCAGUGUAACUGCCAUCUGCAUAUCGCUACAAAGCAUGUUAGCCUCGUGCAGGAAGAAAGAACGACCAGAAGGCAAUGAUCGAUACGUAAUGUACGCUCCCGAGGACCCGAAGAAAUCUCGUUUCAUAUACGAAGGUAUGCCUUUAUGUUUCCCUGCCUUGCGUCGCACGCCAUAAACUCUUAUUGAAACCGACAUCCUGUCCAUGUUAUCGCGGCUAUACUCCACUUCGACAUCCCAGACGAUACCGUAUAACUUCUCCCUUCUCGCAUAGACAGGAAGAGCAGUCUUUCUACUUUCCUCUCAAGUAUACACCAUCUCAUCGGAUGUCCGCGGAAAUGAAUGGGAACGAGCACCGGCUCUACGUAGAACCAACCAACUCUACAAAUUCUGAACUCCAACUCUGUACAACGCUAAUUCUAUUCAGCCUCCAUUCCAUCCCGUUGACAUUCGCAUCGACUUCUGCAUUUGACAUUGACAGUGAUGGAGCGGGUGAUAAUCAAUUCAGCUGGCUUCUGCUAGACAGGCUUGCGGGUUUAGGGCUUUGUGCGUUAUUGUCGUUUUUCUCUUUUCGUGCUUUCUUGCUUGUUAUCGCGUUAUACGGUUCACCUGUUCCAUCAUACAACAUAUAUCUCUGCCAGAACUUAUUUAUGUAUACUAAAUACAGUAGUAGAUCCACCCAAUCGCAAUUGCACCAAGAAAUAAGUAAACAAACUGGCUAUUUACUCCUUAAUUCAUUUUCUUCAUCAAAAUAGAAAGAAGAUCGUGGCACGAGGUCAGAGUAGAUAGCAUACAAGUGGUAUUGGAGAAGGAAGAGAAAGGUAAAGGGUGUUAAUGUGGUGACGGUGUACAUUUCGGACGAUUCCGAGUUUGAUUUUAAGAAGAUAUGAGGUUAGAGCUAAGGUGGUUGAAAAAAGAAAAAAAUUCCCCCGCCGAAAAAAAGGUGGAAAAACGGAGGAUAACCCAACUGAUGACUACUGAACAAGAUGGAUAAAGGUCAGAGAACAAAAGAACUAAAUAUCAUUGAAAAGACCACCUGCAGCAAAUAAAUCCGAGGAGAGAAAAUAAGGAUCAAGACAUUUCAGAAGUCUAGCCUCCACAGCAGCUCUUAGAUGUAUAUGUGUUUGACAUUGAGUUUGAAGCUGGAACAAUCUCCUCAGGCUGACGAGCAAAGCUGACAGACGGUGAUAAUCUCGGAGUCGCCUGAGCGCCUUCCCCACCGUCAACGUCCUCUGCAAUCCGCUCAACACCAUCCAUGCAACACCCUUCACACCUAUCUCCACAGCCACACGCAUCUUCGGGACACCCACAACGGCCGCCGCAACACUCCUCCAGUUUCGGGAUCCGUACGAGUCCAAACGCACGCGGCCGUUCAUUUUCAUCCGCCGCCGUGCUCUGGCUUCUUUCUCGUGCAAAAAGUCCGGAAGGGUAAACUGCAACAUUCGUCGGAUCGAAACUUGAUCGAGUAUGCACAGGCGGUGCAGGAAGCGCCGCCGCGCGAGCGAAGAAUGCUGAAAGGUACGGAGGGGCUGGCGCACGUGCGUUAGAAGCAACACCCGGUACAUUGCUGAGCGGAGGGAGCUCGACACCGCCUUCAUAAUCGAUACAAGUUGGGCAAGUCUCAGCACAUUUUACACCAGGCGCGUGCAUCUGAGCAGGCGCGGCAAUCAUGUUCGUUUCAUCAGGAUCAUCCACCCAAGAUGGAGUUGGGACUCUGCUGAUAGACGCGGAGUGAACGUUGCAGCCAGCACAUUCACAGCGAGUACCGCAGCAGCAGUGUGAAUCAUCAGCCGGUGUCGUGGGUGGAGCAGUGCUCGCAAUUGUACUGCUAGACGGCGGAGGAUACUGGACUGGGACCGGACCCGGCCAAGUCGGUCCAUCCGUUCCGAAUGAAGCAGGCGCUAUUGGUCUCAAGCGUCUCAAAUUGGUCGUUACGUCAGAAGCUUCGAGAUAUGGUGGCACAGGAGAAGACCGUGGUGAUCGUUUUCUCUUGGAUGGGCCAGCUGUUCGUGCUUCAGAUUUCUCACCCAUGUGAGAGGAAGGCAUGUGUUGUGUGUACUCGCUCUCCACGGUUGGGUUAAUACCUAUAGAUCCUACUUUAACUGAAGAUCCGUAUGGCACUGCAAUAGGUGGAAGUCCGGGAGGCGCUGCUGGAGAACAGCAUGCAGCCACCAUUGCUAACGCAGAGAGCCCAUCGCUGAAAAUUGCUGGGUCAACGGGCUUGCUUGUGCGUGCAACUAGCUUGAUACUCGAAUCGCUUUGUGAUCGGCACUUGCAAUUGUAAAUAUCCUUGCAAUGACAAGGAUUAAGCAAGGCAUCGACUGGUUGUCUAGGACCACUUGUCUCCACAGUCGAAGACGUUGAAGCCUUCAGCGCAUCCUUAAGUCCGUUUGGCAGGGAGGGUGGACAGGGCACAAAGCGCUUCCCCUUUCGCUUCGCCUUUUCCUCAGCUGCAGCAGCCGCAUUUACAUCCCUCUCCAACUCGCAAGUACACUUCGCGUGGAUUCUCCGCGCCUGACGUGCUUCUCGACACUUAUCACAUUGUGAAACUGGUCGGCCUUUCUUCUUGAUCUCGUAAAGAGGUCGGUCAUUAUGAUGGCAGUUGGAUGAACGAUGACCCUUUAUACAUGCUUCGCAUGCAUACUUCUUUGCGUUGACGUAGACCAUCAGCAGGACAUGGACUUGCAGGAUGUGGGACGGGAAGUGAUGGAAAGGGAGGCUUGUGAUCUG